AUGUUGGGUUUGUUAAUUUUAAAUUUCUUUUACAUGUACGGUGUGCAGGAGGAACUGGACAAAAACCAAAUUCAACUUUUGAAGAAUGCGUUCGAUGCUUUCGAUCGCGAGAAGAAAGGUGUCAUCGGCACUGACAUGAUCGGAACAAUCUUGGAGAUGUUGGGUCACGAGCUGGACGAGGACACCCUCAAAGAAAUCAUCGAUGAAGUCGACCAAGACGGUUCUGGAGAGCUAGAAUUCGGAGAGUUUUGUUCACUAGCUGCUAAAUUCUUAACUGAAGAAGAUGAGGACGACGAAGCCAUGGUGAGAGAACUAAGGGAGGCGUUUAGAUUAUACGACAAAGAAGGUAACGGAUAUAUCACGACUGAUGUUCUAAAAGAAAUCUUCAGGGAAUUGGAUAAUACUUUAAACUCUGAGGAAUUGGACACCAUGAUUGAAGAGAUUGACUCUGACGGGUCAGGCACUGUUGACUUUGAUGGCGUUAAACCAGAACACAAUUGGUCAAUAAAAUGUAUCAUAAAACGAAACCCAUGGCACAAGAUCAAGUUGGUAAUACUUGACAAUGAAAUGCAGGUAUACAAAACGUUAAGCCGUAUUCAAGAGACCAUUGUGUGGGCAAGGCGACACAGAACAGCAGAACGAAAGCACACCAGAUAUUCCUUUAGCAAUGCACUCUUAGAGAAAACAAUAGAUAGGCUGGAAAAGAGAAAAAAUUACGUUAACGCUUCCGAUAAACCAGAUAAACCAGAUAUCAAUCAUGACAAUGACCCUCCAGAUUUUCCAGAAAAUCCAAAUCAUUUACGGGAUGGUGAAAACGUGGUAAUUACACCGCCGAAUUGCCCCCCUGGACAGGAGGCAACGAGUGAUGGCCAAUGUCGCGAUGUUUGGUAA